AUGAUCACCUACCAGCAGCUCAAUGGUCAGGCCAUCCCCGUCGCCCUCCUCCCAACCAUUUCCGCCGCCGACCUUGCGACGCCCAUGGGCCAGCAGCAGCUCCAGCAGGCUGCCACCACCCUGGGAUUCUUCUACCUGGACCUGACGAGCAGCCAGCCCGGGAUCCUCGAGGGAAUGGUCCUCCGGGAGCUGGAAGCAGUCUACGCCCUGGCCGAUGAAUAUUUCCGCCAACCCGACGCGGUCAAGCGGCAGGAUGUGCGGCGCGACAUCCCACCAGGGCAGUCGCAGGACCUGGGAUACCAGGCCAGCGCGUGUGAUGAGUCGUUCGAGAUCUCCUCGGACGAGAUAGCGGCAGACCCCGACAACUUCUCGCUGCCCCCCAUCCUGGAGCCAGGGCGGGUUGCGGUGCAUGCCUUCAGCGUCGCCUGCGAUGGGCUCUGCCUGGCCAUGCUCCACGGGCUUAGCCCCGAUCUGCUGGCUUGUCAUCGGUCCGGCCAGCCCAGUGCCAGCGGCCUGAAAUUCAUCGCCGAGCCGAGCCUGGAGACGGCGGCAGAGGUGGGCGACUACCGACACACUGACGGCGGGACGCUCACGAUGCUGUUCUGCCGCGAGUGGGGAUUGCAGAUGCAGCUGCCGCCGUCUGUCGAUAACAACAACAACAACAACAACAACAACCACUCAUCAGGCCAAUUCGAGACCGAGACGUGGGCGUUCAUCCCGCCUCGACGGCACUGCGCCGUGGUCAACGUGGCCGAUGCGUUGGAGGAGCUGUCAGAGCAUCGCUUCCGUUCGCCCGUCCACCGGGUGACACAGCCGCUGGAUGGGCAGGCCCAGCGGUACUACCUCGCCUACUUCUUGCGGCCAGAGUCUGCAGUCAAGGAACGGAUGGUAGAUGUGUAG